AUGCACAAGCGGUGCGGGCCCUCAGAUAGCGAGGACGAGAGCACCGAGCGGAAGAGGGCCCGACUUCAGCGAGCCCUGGCGGCGGGCACCUUCCCCGAGGGAUCGGACCCGUUCCCAGAGUCGGCCCUAGCUCUUAGCUGUGGAUCCUGUGCGACGCCGUUGUGGAAGACAGCCGCGAGCCAAAAGAACUCCCUGAAGGAGGAGAGCCGCGCUCCACCACGGCCUCCCUUGCGCGACUUCUCUGUGUCCAUGCCGCGGCUCUCGCUGUCGGACGUGGACUUGAACUUGUUGCCGCAGCAGGUAAAGGCUGCCCUUGACUUCCUUGUCCUUCUGAACCCAUGCGAUAUUGUGACCGAUGCCUUGGCUGCGCAGCAGCCAACCUUGCUUCCUCCGCAGCAGGAGGCCCAUCGCGGCAGGCGGACACUGGUUCUGGACUUGGAUGAGACUCUGGUGCAUUGCCACUGCCAGGCAGUUCCCAGCUUGGGGAGUGCCGACUUGGACUUGGAGCUCGAGUCCGGCGAGCCCAAGGUCGUGAUGAAAGCCAAGGUGUACGUGAGGCCGAGUGCCCGUCGCCUGUUGCUGUUGGCAGCGGAGAAGUUCGAAGUGGUGGUUUUCACGGCCUCGGCUAGCAUCUAUGCUGACAAGGUCCUGGACUUCCUGGAUCCAGGACGGAUUCUCAUCACGCACCGCUUGUACAGAGAAGCUUGCACCGAGAUUGCCGGGGGCCACUUCAAGGACCUUCGAAAGCUCGGCAGGCCCAUGAAGGAUGUGCUUCUGGUGGACAACUCACCUUUGGCACCCGGACUUGUUCCGGAGAACGGACUUCUUGUGUCGAGCUGGUACGGCGAUGACUGGCAGGAUACGGAGCUCAACAGCGUGGCCGUGCUCUUGAACAAGCUCGCGGCUGCGAAAUCCUUGCCGCAGUAUCUGGAGCAGCGCUACGGCUUCAAGUCCUUCUUGCAGGAGCUUCGAAGUGCCUCGGUGCGCAACACCAAGCCCUUACUCAGCGCGGCGACGGUCCGGCUGCAGAUGUGGGGGAUGAAUGCUGGGAGUGCGGUAACCCAGGUUAGAAGGAGGUGA